AUGGUUUCUGCGUCCGGCCCAACAGGGAUCCUAGCGGGACGCCCUUCUGGUUCUCAGUGCCACCAAGGUUCACAAUUGUCACAGAAUGGAUGUACCACGAAAAUUCAUACGGAGAAGAAUGUCAAAACCUUGGAAAAUGCGAAGCAACGACAUGAAUCGGAUCUUUACAUUAGACCAAGCUGGACCGAUGCAGCGAUAGCGUUGGAUCAACUUGAAAAGGGUAAAGCGGAAGGUCAGAGGUCUGCGGUGUGGAUCAGGGCAAGGCUGCAGGAUCAGCUGAGUCAGCUGGGCUACUUUCUGCAGAGGCACGCAGGCAAGGUCCUCUUUCUUGCGAUCGUCGCUUUGGCUACGUUCUGCGUCGCCCUAAAGUCCGCUCAGGUUCACAGCAAGGUCGAACAACUUUGGGUUCAAGAAGGCGGAAGGUUGCAAAAAGAGCUGACCUACGCCUCGGAAGCACUGGGUGAAGCAGCCGCCGCGACACAUCAGCUCGUGAUCCAAACGCCGAGGCAUUCCGGGGCGAAUAUUUUGCACCCUGCCGCACUCAAGGAACAUUUAGCGAUCCUGAAGGCGGCGACGCAGGUCACCGUACACCUGUUCGAAAUCACGUGGAAGCUGAAAGACAUGUGUUACGCGCUGAACAUACCCAACUUCGACAUGCACUACAUCGACCAGAUCUUCGAUAGUAUUAUGCCGUGCGCCAUCAUUACACCUCUCGACUGUUUCUGGGAAGGCAGCAAAUUGUUAGGCCCAGAGUAUCCAGUGCACAUACCGUAAACGAACAAGCCCGUGCAGUGGACGAAUCUCAAUCCAUCCGGUAUGCUGGAUGAGAUGAAGAAACUGCAGUUUAUGUUUCCCUUCAAAAUUUUGGAGGACUACAUGAAGAGAGCCGGGAUAACGAACGGCUACCAAAGCAAGCCGUGCCUCGACCCGACGGACCCGGAGUGUCCGGAAACCGCGCCCAACAAAAAAUCCCAGCAGGUGCCAGACAUAGGAGCCGAAUUAACGGGUGGCUGUUAUGGUUUCGCGGCAAAGUACAUGCAUUGGCCUGAGGAGCUGCUCGUCGGUGGUGCUAAGCACAAUAAGACUGGUCACUUGACCCGUGCAGCUGCGCUUCAAACCGUUGUACAGCUGAUGGGAGAACGAGAACUUUACGAUUUUUUCGCCGGCACGUACAAGGUACACCAUAUAGACUGGUCCCAGGAGAAGGCGUCCCAAGUGCUCGAGACCUGGCAACGAGCGUUCAGCAAUCAAGUGAAGAAACAUCUAGAUGCAAACGGCUCGGCUCCGUACAAUUUGUAUGCGUUCAGUACAACAACCAUGAACGACAUACUUGGAAAGUACAGCGAGGUGUCCGUUAUGAAAAUCGCCAUUGGCUGCACAUUGAUGGUACUGUACGCCGGUAUAGUCCUUCUGCGAUGGAAGGAUCCAGUGCGUUCCCAAGCUGGCGUCGGAAUAGCCGGUGUGAUGCUAAUCUGCGCGACGGUUGCGGCAGGUUUGGGGUUCUGCGCCCUCCUAGGAAUCCCGUUCAACGCAGCAACCACUCAGAUCGUUCCGUUUUUAGCUAUAGGUCUCGGUGUACACGACAUGUUCCUAUUGACGCACACGUACGCCGAACUCUCGGUGAACGAAGUGCCCAGCGGAGAACAAACAGGAGUAGUCCUCAAGAGGACCGGCUUAUCCGUCCUCUUGGCAGGAUUCAGCAACGUUUCCGCGUUUUUCGCCGCCGCGAUAAUCCCGAUUCCCGCUCUCAGAGUAUUCUGCCUGCAAGCUGGUAUACUGUUACUCUUCAAUCUCGCCGCUAUGCUGCUCGUUUUCCCAGCUAUGGUCAGUCUAGACCUGAGAAGACGUCGUUCAGGUCGCUCGGACAUACUCUGUUGCUGUCUGCCGGCGAACACUGGCAGAAACAAAUACGCCAAUAGAACGAACAACGGCACGGCGAAGCAAACUAACGAAUCUUGGGUCGGCGGUAACAUCGAGGUGGAUCUGGACAAGCAGUGCAGCGAAGAAGACACUCUGACCGGUUGCAGUCAGGACGAUUGUCUAAGUUUCUCCUUGACUCAACUGGCUGCGAGGCACUACGCACCAUUUGUCACCAAACCGGCGACCAAGUUUUUCGGAAUGAUGAUCUUAAUCGCUGUUCUGGCCGGCAGUGUCUGGCAAGCGAUAAAAGUGAACGACGGUUUGGAAUUGACCGAUCUCGUUCCACAAAAUUCCAACGAACACGCCUUCUUGGCCGCCCAGGCGAAACAUUUCGGCUUCUACAAUAUGUACGCCGUCACCGGCAGAGAUUUCGAGUAUCCGAACAAUCAGAAAUUACUGUACGAAUACCACGACGCGUUCAUGAGAAUAAAGAACGUGAUCAAGAAUGACAACGGAGGAUUGCCCGAUUUCUGGUUGAGUUUGUUCAGGGAUUGGCUGAAGGGUCUGCAAAACGCGUUCGAUAAAGAUUACAACAACGGCUGUAUUACUCAGGAGAGAUGGUAUAAGAAUGCCAGCGACGAGGCAAUUCUUGCUUACAAACUGCUCGUGCAGACAGGCCACGUUGAUAAUCCGAUUGACAAGUCGUUGGUUACCCAGGUCAGGCUGGUUGAUUCCGAGGGAAUCAUCAAUCCACGAGCUUUUUAUAAUUAUCUUAGCGCAUGGGUGUCGAACGACGUUCUGGCUUACGGCGCUUCUCAGGCGAAUUUAAGGCCGGAACCGCGUCAGUGGAUUUAUACCAACGAUCACGAGUUGAAAAUUCCAAAGAGCAUGCCUUUAACUUACGCGCAAAUGUCGUUUUAUCUGCACAAACUUACCGACACUCAAGAAAUCACCGAAUUAAUUGGCAGCGUGAGGAAAUUGUGCAGAAAGUUCGAGGAACGAGGACUGCCGAAUUUUCCUUCUGGUAUUCCGUUCUUAUUUUGGGAACAGUACAUGGACUUGAGAAGUUGUUUGGGCAUUGCUCUGUUAGCAGCACUAACAGCCAGUGUUGCUGUUGUUGGAAUACUAUUAUUAAACCUCUGGGCAGCUUUGUUAGUUGGCACUUCUCUCGGUGCUGUCGUUCUGCAGCUCCUUGGAAUUAUGGGCCUCUGUGACAUAAAGCUGAGCGCCGUUCCGGCUGUCUUAUUGGUUGUCAGCGUUGGAAUUGCUGUGCACUUUACGGUGCAUAUUUGUUUGAGUUUUGUUACAAGCAUUGGAAGCAGGGACCGAAGAAUUCGUUUAGCUUUAGAACACAUGUAUGCACCUGUUAUUCACGGAGCAUUAACAACCUUACUGGCGGUUGUAAUGUUAGCCUUUUCCGAGUUCGAUUUCAUCGUUCGAUAUUUUUUCUUGGUAUUACUCUGCCUCAUCGGAAUCGGUCUUGUGAAUGGAUUGUUCUUUUUCCCUAUCUUGCUGUCUUUGAUUGGACCAUCUCCCGAAGUGAUACCCAAUGACCAUCCGGAUCGUAUUUCAACGCCAACACCACCUGCCUCGCCAGUCGUUAGAAGAUCGAAGCCGCCUGCACCUCCAAGAAGAUCGUACAAAAUUGAUAACGCUAGGUUACACGCUGAACCUUCUCUGACCACAAUCACCGAGGAGCCUAAUUCGUGGCACAGUACGCAAGAAUCUUGUAUUAUUGUGCAGCCAGAAUUAAAGGUUGAAACGACGUCAACUUGUGGUAAUCAGAACUGUAGCGGAUCAGAUACAAGUGGGUCUAGUCGAAUGUCACCAGUGACGUCUACACCUCAUAUCACAACUAAAGUCACUGCGACGGCUAAUAUAAAGGUUGAAGUUCAUACACCAUUAACCAGUACAGUGGAUCGUAGCGAAAAAUGCAGGCACACGGGUUCCAGUAGCCGAAGGAGCUCGCGCUGCAAUGCGAACGUUAAUGCUGGGGAGUCUUCCGGUUCUGGUUCUGAACCGGAUUCAGACUCUAACCCAAAUAAACAUUAAUAAUAAGUACCGGGAAGACCGGCAGCUACUGCUCAAAUACCAUGCAA